AUGUCCACCUGCACACCAGUCCCCCCUUUGCCGACAAACCGAGUAAUCGUCGUCGGUUCAGGCCUAGCCGGCCUUUCAGCCGCCACACAGCUCACGAAGCAGAAUGUUCCCGUCAUCCUCCUCGAUCGCGCGGAGAGGCCUGGCGGGAACAGUAUCAAGGCGUCCUCGGGGAUAAAUGGGGCGCCGACGCGGUUCCAGACUCCCUCUGGGCCUAAUGAUGACGAUGAACGGUUAUUUUAUGCGGACACGGUCAAGUCGGCGGGAAAGGCGUUUGCGAGCGCGGAAACACGAGAGAAGGAGAUUAGGGAGAAAUUGAUCAGCACUGUGACCAAGGUUUCAGCGGACGCGGUCUAUUGGCUUGCGGAUGAAUUCGGGGUUGAUUUGAGUAGGGUCGCGCAGCUCGGCGGGCACAGUCGAGCGCGCACCCAUCGAAGCGCGAAAGGGAAGCCGCCGGGAGCGGCGAUUGUAGGUGCCCUGUUGGAUUCGCUCAAGGCGAAUCCGUUUUUCGAGUUACAGACCAAGUCCACCGUGACCAAGGUGUUGAAGGAGGCUAAGGAGGUUGUCGGGGUGGAGUAUACGGCAGAAGAUGGGAUGCAUGUCCUUCGUGGACCGGUUGUGUUUGCGAGCGGCGGGUUUGCGGGGGAUAUUCGCGGGAUGGUCUCGAAGUAUCGGCCUGAUCUUGCAGGCUAUCCGUCGACGAAUGAGGCGAGGGAGGGGUCGCAGGGGUUGUUGGAGGAGGUUGGGGCGGGGUUGAUUGAUAUGGAGCAGGUCCAGGUUCAUCCGACAGGGUUUGUGGAUGAGAAGAAUCUGUCGGCGACGGUCAAGUUCCUCGCAGCUGAGGCGCUGAGGGGCGAGGGAGGGAUUUUGCUUCUCAGUAACGGGAAGAGGUUUGUCAAUGAGCUGGAGACUCGGGAGCAUGUCACGGAUGUGAUUACUCGGUCUGCCAAUGCGCUGGAAGGUGACCUUCGCCAAUGGGAGGUUACUCUCCUUCUCGACGAGGGGGCGGCUACGGCAUUGGACUCGCAUAUGCAGUUUUAUCUCUGGAAGGGACUGAUGCGGAAGACAACAUUCGGCGAACUGGGCCAAUCAACCAUUGAAUCAGUCCAAGAGUACGCAGAUAUCGUGGCAGUGAAGAAGACAGACAAGCUUGGUCGAACAGCAUUCGGCAAUUGGACUUUGACAGACGUCCAGCCAGACUCUGUUGCGUUUGUUGGAAAGGUGACGCCUGUGUUGCACUUCACGAUGGGCGGUGUCAUAUUCAACGCGGACAGCCAAGUGCUCGAUGAGCAGGGUGACGCGAUACCAGGUCUUUGGGCUGCAGGCGAGGUAACAGGAGGACUGCACGGCCAGAACCGACUGGGCGGAUCGUCACUGCUCGAAUGUGCAGUAUUUGGAAGGAUUGCAGGUGACGCAGCAGCUGUUUUUUACCAACAGCACUACCUGUAG